AUGGAGCCCAGCAGCGCUGCCGAGCUCAGACGAUGGCUCACUAGCACUGCCUAUGGCGGUCUUAUUUACCCGUCCGUCUCUUUGUCCCAAGCCAAAUUCGGACUCUCUGCUAUCGCGCAAGACGCUAUCGAUGCCGACACUACGAUUGUGUCUUGUCCAUGUUUACUAGCCAUCGACGUGGAGUGUUCUCUGCAUGCUCUGACAGCCCUAUUUGGCGAAUUGACUCUCGUUGACCUGCAGUCGUGGUCGGAAAGGCAGCUUAUUUGCACUGACUUGUGUUUACACUGCAUCUUCCCCGAUUCAAGUCAAAUUCCCGAUGCCCUUCGAUAUCUUCGGAACACAUGUCGAACCUUUAUCCACGCUGUUAAUCCGGAUUGGGCUGAAAGAUACACUUGGGACAAAUACUCAAGAGCAUCAACAUGUCUUUCAACCCGCGCAUUUCCGUCCACGCUUCUAUCUCGAUCUCCUACGCUGCAGACCACCUCUUCGAGUUACCCGUUCAUACUUCCGAGAGUAGACAUCCUCAACCAUUCUCGUGGACAGCCUGUUUCUUGGUGCACGUCGUAUCCAGAAGGAAUUACGAAAGAAAGGGAUGAGUCGACCACUAUUUCCAUCAUCUCGCAUGCCACGACGCCUCUUGGCGAAGAUGUCUUCAACAACUAUGGGCUCAAUGAACGACGAGCUGAUCCUCGGAUAUGGUUUUUCGCUGCCACAAAACUCGGAUGAUAAAAUUACGCUACAGCUAGGUGGGUCUUCUAACAAGUGGCGAUCAGUCGUCUUGCAAGUGGUGCGGAAGGACUCUGGAACGAUGUGGGGCGAUUGGUGACUGAAACCCCGGAUGAAAUAGGGUAUGAGGAAUGAAUAUGGAGAAUUUGAAAGAGGGUUUAUUGGGGGCGCACACCCUAGGUGCCUACGACAUGUGUAGCGAUAUGGAAAGAUGUAAGAACUAGGUCUAGAAGAGAUAGCCCAAUGCCAUGAGCAUUCAGACUUCGGAUGUACAGUCC